AUGGGCCGUCCGCUGCUGCCGCCGCUGUUACUGCUUUACAUCAGCAUCCCAGUCUGCUGGGGCCUGCAGUGCAUGGUGUGUAAGACCAGCGGGCUUUGCCAAGUGGGCGAGUGCGCCCUCGGCCAGGACCUCUGCAGAACCACGGUGAUGAACAUUUGGGAAGAUGGUGAAGAGCUGGAGGUGGUGGAGAAAGGAUGUGCCCACCCAGAGAAGACCACCAGAACCAUGAGCUACCGAACAGGGUCACAGAUCAUCACCCUCACAGAGACCGUGUGUGAUUCAGACUUGUGCAACCAGCCCAAUGCUCGACGGGCUCCCAGCUCCCCCCGAAGACGUUAUCUCGAAUGUGCUUCCUGUGCGUCAUCAGACAUGAGCUGUGAGAGGGGCCGGGACAAGAGCCUGCAAUGCCGCAGCCCUGAAGAACAGUGCCUGGAGGUGGUAACCCACCAGAGCCUGGAAGGUGAGCCCUAACCCAGCAAGGAUGAACGCCACACCCGCGGCUGCGGCUACCUCCCUGGCUGCCCAGGCCCCACUGGUUUCCACAACAACCAUACCUUCCACUUUCUGCAGUGCUGUAACACCACCAAAUGCAAUGGAGGCCCAGUCAUAGAGCUUGAAAACUUGCCACCCAAUGGCGUCCAGUGUUACAGCUGCGAGGGGAACAGCACCCACGGAUGUUCCUCAGACGAGACUUCCCUCAUCACCUGCCGAGGACCCAUGACUCAAUGUCUGGAAGCCACAGGCUCUAACGGGCUGGGGGCCCCAAGCUACACAGUGCGGGGCUGCGCUGCCCCCUCCUGGUGCCAAGAACUCCCAGUGGCCGAAGCCUUCAGGCUGACCCAUCUCAACGUCUCGUGCUGUUCUGGAAGUGGCUGUAACGACCCAGCCACAGACCGCCAGCCCCGCAGAGGGGGAGCCCCUCAGCCCGGCCCCACCCACCUCAGCCUCACCUUCACCCUGCUUAUGACAGCAAGACUGUGGGGAGACACUCUCCUCUGGACCUGA